UUUGUGUUCCGAGUAUCGCAAUGAAACGGAAACACAUACAUGUAUACAGGGAAAACCCAAUCGUGUCUUCUGGACCAGUAUGGUUAAUCAGAGCCAGAAGUAUACCUCCCGGAAGUAAAUAUCAACAUGUGGAGGUUUGUGCUUCUAUAGCUACCACCGUAUAGUGAUAUGCUAGCUUCGCAAUGACAGGGAUUCCUUCCGUGGGCCUUGAGGAUAUAACUAAGGUUUUCAUCUGAGAACAAUUGACUCGAGCUAUGAAGUUUCUUGAAUUUUCGGUGUAGGACUCUCUAGACUGUGAUUCUGAGCUAGUUAAACAAAGGUUCAAGCAUGGGGUUUAAACAUAUUUAUGAGAAGUGGGAAAGUAAGCUUGGGACGCCCUUCGUAAAAUACGGAUCACUGGUGUCGAGAUACCCUUGGCAUGUAUUGAUAGCAUGUGUGACCAUCAACUGUCUGUUAGGGAUUGGACUGGUCAGGUUGGAGUCUGAGACUGACACUGAAACCCUUUAUACACCACAAAACAGCCAGUCCAAGGCGGAUCGAGCAACAGUGGAGUCCAUUUUUACUGAAGACAAGUCCGGCACGAACUUCUACGGAAGAGGCAUCACAAGAGAAAACAAGUAUGCAGACGUCAUUUUGAAAGCCAAUGAUGGUUCAAGUAUCCUAACAACAACGUAUGUGGAUGAAAUUGAAAGAAUAUACAACCACAUUCAAAACAAUGUCAACAUAAUCAAUGGCGGCACAACCCUCGGUCUGGUGAACGUUUGUGCAUUACGGAGCGGUAAUUGUGUCGUUGAUGGGGACGUUGUUUUCAGUACGGCCUUCCGAACAGCAAUGCUAUCAAAUACCAUCAACUAUCCAUUGUUCAAUUUUGAAUACCUCAGUGGGAUGUUCGGAGAUGCGCAAUCAUCAGGAGGCUAUCUCACUUCGGCUAAGAUGGUGAAACUGGUUUUCUAUCUGCGUCAGGAUACCCAGACUAUGAUGUCGUUGUCCACUGCAUAUGAAGAAAAAUAUAUAGAGGUACUAAGCAAAACAUCUUCUUCCUUGAUGGACAUUGCUUAUUCAACGUCGUCUUCUUUAGACUCUGAGUUGGCGAAGAACGUUGACGGAGACGUCGUAUACUUUUCCAUCACUUUAACUUUGAUGUUGACUUACGCUGGAUUAGCCACGUUUGGAGGUGACUGUGUUUCCGACAGACAAAAUUUGGGUCGUGCAGGUGUGUUAGCAACAUGCAUCGCUGUCCUAGGAUCCUUUGGUUUCGUCAGUGCUAUUGGUGUCAAGUUUGUCAGUAUCGUUGGGACACUUCCUUUUCUAAUCAUAGGUAUUGGCUUGGACGAUAUGUUUAUCCUGAUGUCCUGUCUGGCUGACUGUCAAAGAGAUACAUCUAGUAUGUCAAUGGAGGAUAGAGCCAAAGAGAUUGAAGAUAGAAUAAAAAAGACAAUGAAAACAGGUGGUGUGGCUAUCACCAUAACAUCUGUCACCGACUUUUUGGCGUUCGCUAUUGGAGCAUCAGCCUCUUUCAUCAGUGUCAGGAACUUCUGUGUGUACGCAGGUCUUGCUGUUAUCUUCUGCUACAUCAACCAGCUGACUUUCUUUGUGCCUUGUAUGGUGAUCAAUGAGCGCCGAAUGUACCGAAACGCCCACUGUGGGACAUGUCGUUCUAUAAAACCCCGCAAGGAGUUACGAGAGGAGGGGAAAUCCAAAUGUCACAUUUUCGGUUGUGGUGGAAGUGUUCCUGAGAACAGAAGGGACAACGAAAGUCCUUUAGAAAGAUAUCCCAAACUUCUUUUCCAGUAUAUUGUUGAACAUUUACCCGGAAAGAUCGCGAUAUUGGUGCUUUUCAUUGCGUAUCUGGCAUUAACGAUUUACGGAAUUACGAAUCUUAAGCGAGGCCUUCUCCUCAGUAACUUAGUAACAGAAGAUUCAUACUUUUAUACAUACAGUAAGCUCCUAGAAGGUCAUUUUACCGAGGAAUUCGUCAUAGGAUUUACAAUCACAUCAACGCAGACCUACUCUGACGCUGCCACGCAAAGUCGUAUUUCCGACUUGUUAUCGAACGCCAGAGCUGACGCUGAUAUCAAUCCCAGUGUAACAUUCGACUGGCUGACGGACUACAAAAGUUCCGGUUCUUACAGUGAUACUAAUGAGGCGAGCUUCAUAGCAGGCUUGAAAACUUUCUUGACCACCAGAACAGACCACGCUAAUGAUGUAGUCUUCAACAGUGCUGAGACGAGCAUUGUCGGUGCUAGGUUUUUUGUUUUAACAAACGAUCUUCCUGAAUCUGAGCAACAAGGAAACAUCAUGCUCCGGUUGCGUGAUAUAGCGGACAAUUCUCCUUUACCAGUUGUUUGUUUUUCUUGGCCGUUUGUGUUUUUCGAUGAGUACGCUUCCGUUUUCCAAAUAACAUUCACAACAGUCGGAGUAGCAAUAGCCGCCAUGUUUGUGGUUACCUUGUUGUUUAUGCCACAUCCUUUACUUGUCGCGUGUGUGACCGUUACCAUGGUAAUGAUAUGCGCGGGUAUGUUUGGAUUCAUGUACUACUGGGACCUCACCUUGAGCGUCAUAACUAUGAUAAACAUUGUCAUGAGUAUAGGGUUUUCUGUCGAUUUCAGUGCGCAUAUUUGUCAUGCAUACAUAACUGUAAAUGGCACCACGCGAAAGGAACGAGUACACAAUGCGUUAGAUCGUUCAGGUGGACCAAUCAUCAACGCAGCCCUUUCUUCUAUAAUUGGUAUCAUGAUUCUAGCGUUUUCAUCCUCAUAUAUAUUCAGGAGUUUCUUUAAGCUUAUGUUUCUAGUUAUGGUCUUUGGUUUAGCGCAUGCGUUGUUGUUACUUCCGCUUAUUUUUUCAUUGAUUGGGCCUGUAACGGAAGAAACAUCUACUGUUACGCCAGCUGACAGAGAAGUAAAUGUUCAGGCAAAAAGAGCGCCGUCAGACCAUCAAACCAACGUGAAUGGUGCCAAGCCCGUAAACAUAGAACUAGACAAAGUAUCCACACCGACGCCAACUGUGUGGAAUGCGAACGGUACGGCCAACGUCUAGAUUAUACCUUUAUUUGUCCCCAGUAUUAACUGUAAUUGAAAGGUUUUGCUUUAGAUCCAAUAAUAUUCCAAAUGAAACAUCCUAUUGUAGUCCAAUCUGUCAACUUACUAUGACAAUCAGUGAUUGGCGAUAAAAUCAGGUCGAUAUUUUAACAAAAGAAUAAUCUAAGCUUUAAAUUCUAUUCACAGUCAUACAAAAUCAAAAUUACUCUUUAACACUAAAAUAUAUGUUUCUUCGACCAUGCUGACAACAAGUCUACAUACUGUUUAUUAGGAAUUCGCGGCGGUAGUGUUUAAAAUGUCAUAAUGCGUUGAAUAUUUCUGACAAAACAGUGCAGUUUUUUGUUGAUAAAAUGUAAGUUGAUUAGGAACAUCGACACUAUAUUUGGAUCUUAUUCUAGUACGGCGUAUAUAAAAUGUAUUGUUAUGUUUCCCAAGUAGUCAUAUUUGCCAAAUUCUUUGGGCGGCUCAUGUGCCUAUAUUUCUCGGUGAGAUAUAUACAGUGGUAAUAGUAUUGAGUAAGUAUACUGCUAGCAGACAUAUUAACUGAAUAUUGGAAAUCGGUGUAUACAAUGUUGUAUCUCGGGUUAUAGUAAUGGAAUUAUCACAAUAUGAUAAUAGGAAAGGAAUAUAGGCGUAAGGAAGAAAUUACCCGAGUUUACAAUAUGAGGGUAAUAUAAGUGUACAAAAGUUCAUAAUAGAAAAUCACACGAGGUUAUCCCAGAAUGUGAAUAUAAGUGUAUAUGAGUUAUGAUAGGAGUGUAAUAUCAGUGUACAAAAAUUUAUAAUAGGAAAUUACACGAGGAUAUCACAGAAUGUGAAUACAAGUGUAUAUGAGUUGUGAUAGGAGGGUAAUAUUAGUGUACAAAAAUUUAUAAUAGGACAUUUCACGAGGUUAUUACUGAAUGUGAAUACAAGUGUACAUGAGUUUGUAAUAGGAGGGUAAUAUCAGUAUACAAAAAUGUAUUAUAGGAAAAUACACGGGGUUAUCACAUAAAGUGAAUAUAAGUGUACACAAAAUUAUAACAGGAAAUUACACGAGGACAGUACAGAAGCAUAUAAUUUGAGGGAAAAAUCAAUAUGCACGAGUUAUCAUAUUUCAAAUGAGAUUUUAUGAGAAAGUAAAUAUUUCUGGAAAUGAGAGUAAAAUAUUGAAAGAAUAUCUAUGUUAAUGAUAUUGAGAGAUGGGUACGUUCAUUGUAUAUUAUAUCGUAUAUUUUUAAAGACGCUUUACUUGUUUUUUUAUUUAUUUUAUUAAUUGCUCCAUGAUUUGAUUUUAAAUUUUGAAGUAUUAUUGUAUAUGUGUCUUGCGUGUUCGCAGAGAAGUGAUGUUUGACAUCAAUCUUUUUUAUUUUAUUUUAAUGAUGCUACAACGCCCACAGCGUCUACACAAAAUUAAUUAAAUGACACAUGGUACAGAAAUAGAUGCUAUCAACACCAACAGAAAAGAAAAGAAAAAGAAAUUACCAACGCACUCCAAAUUAUUAAGAUUUAUAUGACACAAAAUUAUAUACAAAUAUAGAGGCAUGCCUACAUGUAGAUAUAAUUUAUUCAAGAAAGAGAGAAAAAGCUUAACCAUUAAAAUGGUGAUAAUAGCGUAAAAAUAAGUAACUUUUGGUUUUCAGUAAAACAUAAAAAGUAUAAUUUUUUUCAUAGAUGUAGCAUAUCUAAGUAUUAUUAUGAUUUUGUUUGAAAUAGGAUUUUAAAAUUAUGUCAAACUACUUCGCUUUACACAUAUUUUUCCGUCCACAUAUUAUUGCCAAUGAAUAUUUUCUGUGAUGCGUGUUUUGCUUCACUUUGUUUGUAUUCUACUUGUUAUUUUGAUACAGUUUUGCUUUGUAGUUCCAUGUCUUUGUUAAUAAUUUUUUUUAUAAGAAGGGAAACAACCCAUAGAAGUAUUAUAGUUCUAUAAAAGUAAUAUUAUCGAUAUUAUUUUUAAAAUGUGUGAAUGGCAUAAGAAAGAAUGACAUUUUGUAUCAUGACAUACACUGUACAUCGACAUCAAAUCACAAUUUGUGUUCGUUAGACACUCACAGCAUUACAUCUAACCUGAUUUGGCGCAACUACUAAAAUAUGGUUGUCAAAAUAUUUAUGAUAUUAUCAGAACGUUUAAAAUGAUGCUAUUGCUAUUGAAAUAUUUACUAGCUUUGUGUGAAAAGCUUAUGUACAUUUUGUACUGGCGUUACCAAUAAGAAAUGUAAGUUUUUAAUAGAUUUGCUACAUUGUGUGCAACUUUUCUUUGUCUAACCAUAUUGUGUAAUGUGUAAGAGCUAUAAUGUACUUAAAAUUUGUUUAACUGAGGUAUGAUUGCUUUACUCCACGAAUAUUAUUAUAUCUAACUACGCAUUCAAAAUAAAGCAUCUUAUGUUAGCGUAUGUUAGCUAUAAUUCUUACUAAAGAUUAAUUGUUCAAGACAGAAAGACAAGUAUGUUUUCCGACGAGAUAAUAAUAUUCUUCACAGUCCUAUUAUUUUAGCAUGUUCAUGUCAUAAACUAUGGAAACAUAAUGAUGCCUAAGCACACGUGGUACAGCAUAUCUUGUGUAUGACAUCUGAUGAAUUAUUGCCGAAAAAUACAAAUACGAUUAAAUACAAAUGUAUUUUGGCUGAUUGAAUCCUUUUGUAUAAGGUGGGGGCGACUAACUAUUCGAUAGUAUCUUUUCACUACUUUCUUAUGUAUGCAUGAACGCUUUCAACCACGAAAGGAAGGCUCUUUGUUCUAUCCCAGACAUUUUGAAAUGAUAUAAUGCCUUUCGUUUCUGCCAUUCUAUGUUCUAACCUAUCUUCUACAGGACAUUUCUGUGAAAUGGCACUUUCAAGAGGCCCUGAAUUAGGAUAACUCACCGCCAUUAAAUGCUAUUUUUGGAAACUAACAUCAAACCUAUUUAUUAUCAUCAUUAUCAAUCGGUUUAUCGAUGUUGGGUGAUGACAUUAUGAGCUUAUAUAAGUGAUAGUGUUUAUUGUAAUAAUCAAAAUUUUGAUGAUGCCAUUUUAUACUAUUCAUGGAAAUAUAUUGUAUUAUGAAUAGCUGAUAUUAAUGUUGUACAGUGUUAUAUAUUCAUGUUAUUUUUAUUGUGUUUGACUUGAUAAUAAAAUAUUUG